UUUAUUACAAAAUGUUGCGUGAGAUAGAGAUCGACCAUUAUGUGGAACGGAACGCAUUGGAAACUGGAACGCAGCAUGCUGUCAACAAACAGCUGUCAAAAAAGGCACAUGUAAACAAACAGUCGCACAUGGUCGAACGAAAGCAUGGUUUCGGCGCAGUAAAAGGCCGGUGAAAGGAAAACUUCUCAGUUAAAUUGUGUAAAUGUUGUAUUUUACCAGAAAGUAAGCCUCCAGCCACGUCAUGAAGUUCGCUUAUAAGUUCAACAACCUGCUCGGGGCGGUGUUUCGGCGCGGAAAUUUGCUGUUCACCCCCGAUGGCUACUCGGUAAUCAGCCCGGUUGGCAAUCGGGUAACCAUUUUCGAUUUGAAAAACAACAAAUCGAACACACUGGGAAUCGAAAGCCAGUACAACUACACCGCCAUCGAUCUCGCCCCGAACGGGUGUCUGCUGGUGGUGGUGAACGAGAUCGGCGAGGCGCAGAUGAUCAGCAUGAUCUCGCAGACGACCAUCCACCGGUACAAGUUCCGGGGUGAGGUGAAGUAUCUGCGCUUCAGCCCGGACGGGCGCUACUUUGCCGCCUGUGUUGAUACGGCUGUGCUUGUGUUUGUGACGCCCGGUGAAUCUUCCGGCUCGUACGGAUCGUUCGUGGUGCACCGUGCGUUCGAGGUCGGUUUCGAUGAGACGGUCUAUCUCGAUUGGUCACCGGAUUCGCGCAUCCUCGCGAUCGGGUCGCGGGACAACACGGUUCGGCUGCAGAACGUGACCCGGCUGGAAACGUUCCGACCGUUUGUGCUCGGCGGCCAUCGGGACGCAAUCGUGGGCUGCUUCUUUGAGGAGAAAACGCUCGACCUGAACACCAUCAGCAAGGAUGGUUUGCUGAUGCUGUGGGAGUGUGGCAUGGAGCUGGAAGAUCUGGACAAAACGCGCGAACAAAUCGCCGGCGGAGUGGAGGACACGAUCGAGAAGAAAAAACGAACCACCGGCAACAGUGAUGAUGAGCAGGAACCGGACACGUUUACCGCCGAUAAGGAUAUGGAGGGAGAACACACUGGCGGACGGAAGGAGUUGAAGCUGGAGCGGUUGAAGCAGGCUGCUUCGUCGACGGAGGGCGAAGAGCGGGACGAACAGGGAAAGCUGGUUGGCCAAACCAAGCGCCAUCCGUUCUACUACAAACGGCUCGCCCGGCACUAUCUCGCCGAUAUGGCACGGGUGGAAAACCGGAACGCGUACGUGACGGCGGCCAGCUACCAUCGGCAGCUGCGCAUCAUGGUGGUGGCGUUCUCGAGCGGAUCGUUCUACCUGUACGAGCUGCCGGACGUUAAUCUAAUCCACUCGCUGAGCAUUUCCGAGGCGAGCAUCGGGUCGGUCGCGUUCAACGACACGGGCGACUGGCUGGCGCUGGGUGUGUCCUCUCUCGGCCAGCUGCUCGUGUGGGAAUGGCAGAGCGAACAGUACAUCAUGAAGCAGCAGGAACACUCGCAGGGCAUGAACUGUUUAUCGUACGCGCCCGACGGCCAUCUGCUCGUUACCGGCGGGCAGGACGGCAAGGUGAAGCUGUGGAACGUUACGAGCGGCUUUUGUGUGGUAACGUUCUCCGAGCACACGUCGGCGGUAAUGGCGGUCGAGUUUAGUCGGAACAAAAAGUUUCUCGUAAGCGCUUCGCUCGACGGCACGGUCCGGGCGUACGAUGUGACGCGGUAUCGCAAUUUCCGCACCUUCACCUCGCCGGAACCGGUCCAGUUCGCGUCGGUGGCGGUGGACUGCUCCGGCGAGCUGGUGGCGGCCGGUGGACAGGACUCGUUCGAGAUAUAUCUGUGGUCGAUGAAGCUGGGCCGCUUGCUGGAGGUGCUGAGCGGCCACGAAGCGCCGGUAGUGUCGUUGGCCUUCUCGCCCGUCGCUUCCUCUUCGGCGAUGGUGUCGGGAUCGUGGGACCAGACGCUGCGCAUCUGGGACUGUUUGGAAUCGUCCGGGACGCACGAAACGGUGCCGGUCGGAUCGGACGUGGUGUGCGUAGCGUUCAAGCCGGACGGUGAGGAGGUGGCCAUAGCAACGCUGAACGGUAACAUUACCGUGUUUCACGUGAAGACGGCUGCUCAACUGGCAUCGAUUGAGGGUAGAAACGAUAUGGAGGGCAGUGUAUCGCAGUCGGAUUUGACGACGGCCAAGAAGAAUCUAAUGGGAAGGGCUUUCACGUCGAUCUGCUACUCGGCGGAUGGUGAAUGUUUGCUGGCCGGUGGUAAGUCGAAAUUCGUUUGCAUCUACAACGUGAAGGAAGCGAUCCUGUUGAAGAAGUUUCAAAUCACCCAGAACCGCAGUUUGGAUGGAAUGGAUGAAUACAUCAAUCGCCGCAAGCUGACCGAGUUCGGCAAUAUGGCCCUGAUAGAGGAGCGCGAGGAGCUGGAAGGAGGAAAUGUAGCACUGAAGCUACCGGGCGUCCAGAAAGGUGACCUGGCCGCUAGAAAUGUGCUGCCGGAGGUGAAGGUGGAUUGCGUUCGGUUCUCACCCUCCGGUCAAUCGUGGGCCGCCGUAACGACUGAGGGGCUACUCGUGUACGCCCUGAACAAGGGCAUUGUGUUCGAUCCGUUCCAACUGUCCACGGAGGUGACACCGCGGGCAACGCGCAAUCUGCUGCACAAGGAGCAAAACUAUGGCGGAGCUCUGCUGAUGGCCCUGAAGCUGAACGAAACCUCGCUCAUACAGGAGGUGCUGGAAAGUGUGCCUUACAGGGACAUCGAGCUUGUUAUUGGUUCACUGCCGGACGAGUUUGCCCUUCGGACGUUGCAGUUUGUCGCGAAGAACGUCGGCACCAGCCAGCACAUCGAGUUCUAUUUGCGGUGGUCCAACUUCCUGCUCACCCGAAUGGGCCAAGUCGAUUCACUGCUAGAUUCGCAAACGCUCGUGACGCUACACCAAAAUCUAAAUCGAAAGUACGAACAGUUGAACAAAAUUUGCGAUUUUAACAAGUACACGCUUCAAGUACUAAAGUCCCUAUCCAUCUCGGCAACCAAAUCCACCGCGUCAGAAAAGGUGCUUAAGCAUCAUCACGGUGAAAAUGGCACAAAAGAUGAUAGCGACGAUGAAAACGGACUCAACGGGCAUGCAUCAUCCGACGAUGAGGAUGAAAAUGAGUGGAUGUUAAUAAAGCAGGAGGCAAGGGCGGCGAAUCUUGCCGAACCUGGCAGUUCUGACGAAGAAUAGGUCGGUGAAUCGAUGGAAGGACGACGAUGAAGGGCAGUACACUACUGAAGGUGCUAAAAGUGUCCAUUCGAAGGGUACAAAGGCAUACAAGUGGUUUGUCCUACAAUAAGUUAAGCUUAAAAUAAAGUAAUCUAUAAGGUGUAUAAA